AUGGGUUGGGGAAGAGGAAUAUUCGAAGGUUCGGUAGUGGUGGGAUGUCUGUGUUCACUUGGCUGGGCGGGUCUAUGGUUUUUGAACCGUCGUCUCUACAAAGAGUACGAAGAGAAACGAGUUCUCGUUCAAAUCAUCUUCAGCGUCGUCUUUGCAUUCUCUUGCAAUCUUCUUCAACUUGUCAUCUUCGAAAUCAUUCCCAUCCUCUCCAAAGAGGCAAGAGUGGUCAACUGGAAGAUUGACUUAUUCUGUUUGAUUCUAUUGUUGGUCUUUCUUCUGCCUUAUUACCAUUGUUACUUGAUGCUUAAAAACAGUGGUUUGAGAACUGAAAGGGCUGCUCUUGGAGCUCUUUUAUUUUUGUUUGCUUUUCUUUAUGCUUUUUGGCGUAUGGGAAUUCACUUUCCAAUGCCAUCCCCUGAGAAUGGAUUCUUCACUAUGCCUCAACUCGUUAGUAGAAUUGGAGUCAUUGGUGUUACUGUCAUGUCUGUUCUAUCUGGUUUUGGUGCUGUAAACUUGCCAUACAGUUAUCUAUCACUUUUCAUCAGAGAGAUUGAAGAAACUGAGAUCAAGGCCUUGGAAAGACAAUUAAUGCAGUCAAUUGAGACUGCUAUAUCAAAGAAAAAGAAAAUUAUUCUUGGUCAAAUCGAGAUGGACAGCAACCAAGGAUCUCAGGAGAGGUUAACUGCCAGAUCAUUUAUCAAACGUAUUGUUGGUACAGUUGUUCGAUCUGUGCAAGAAGACCAAAAAGAGCAAGAUAUCAAAGGCAUGGAAGCAGAGGUACUGGCUUUAGAAGAGCUUUCAAAGCAAUUGUUCUUGGAGAUCUAUGAGCUUCGUCAAGCAAAAGAAGCUGCUGCAUAUUCUCGAACUUGGAGAGGACAUAUGCAAAAUCUACUUGGUUAUGCUUGUUCCGUUUAUUGUGUGUAUAAAAUGAUCAAGUCAUUGCAAAGUGUUGUUUUCAAACAGUCUGGUUCAGUUGACCCCGUGACAAGGAUGAUUAGUAUAUUCCUACAAUUUUUUGAUAUUGGAAUAAAUGCAGCCUUAUUAUCUCAGUAUAUUUCCUUGCUGUUCAUCGGAAUGUUGGUUGUGAUAUCAGUGCGUGGAUUCUUAACAAAUUUAAUGAAGUUCUUUUUCGCAGUUUCAAGAGUUGGAAGUGGAUCGUCUAGCAAUGUUGUCCUGUUUUUGUCUGAAAUAAUGGGAAUGUAUUUUCUAUCUUCUAUUCUUUUAAUCAGGAAAAGCUUAGCAACUGAUUACAGGAUUAUUAUUACAGAGGUAAUGGUGCAUUCCUUUCUCUACUUUUACUAUCUGCACAUUAUACAUCUCGCCAAAUCGACAAACAUCCCAUUGAUUGAAACAUAUUCUCUUUAUAUACAUGUAUAG